AUGAAUUUAAGCGAAACGACAUCACAGUUUGAGAAUUUCUUUUUUAUAAAAGGACAACGAUAUAGAGUGAAAACGAUCAUUUCUCAACACGAUGAUGGAAAGAAGAUGAUACUCUCUCAAGAAAUUGAACCUAUUGAUGUUUCUACUUUCGAUAACAAUGAUGGAUCGAAAAAGAGAAAAAGAAAUCAUCAUCUAAAUGAUCGGAAUGAUGAUAAAUUAGUUAAACUUUAUCAUGAGCCCAAUUUUGUGCCAAUGGAGCAACAAUUAGUAGGUCAAAAGGAAUUAAUAUGGGAAAUUAUUCAAUUUUUAGAGGUACCAUUUGUAGUUCUUGUGAUGAGAAGCGUUUGUUCGACUUGGAACGUUUGGAUUUCAAAUGAUUUCAACUUGAAUUGGAAGAACAAAUUUCAUGAGCUAUUAUUUGAAAAUACUAACCUGCAAGACAUCUCUUCCACACUCUCUAAGAAAUUUCUCAUUCCACUCUGUAUUAUAUCCAAUGUGAAAGAGAAAGACAAGAUUUUUAAGAAAAGAGAAUUAACAAGCUAUGAAACAUCGGGAUACAAAUUCAGCAGCAAUUAUCAUGACAAGCUCAGGAAAAGAAUGAGCCCUUUUUUAUUUGUCACACAAUGCAAAAAAGGUAGUAAGGACGAGGUUUCUGUAUUUAAGGGAACCGUUUUUGCCGCAAAUGUAAAAGGAGAUGGAUCAAUAUUUGAAUUUAAUCUUCGAAGUUCAAGAGUAGCAUACAUCCAAGAUCGGCUGGAAAUCAUUGUUAGAGAGGUAGGAGCUUGUGGGAUGACUCAAUUCACAGAGCUUUGUUCGUCUCACUGUUUUCUCGAAACACGUGAACGUGAGUGUAACAUUCAACUAGAAAAAUUGAAAACCAUUCUUGAUCGAUUAGGAAUAUCAGAAACAAGUAUGAACAGCGAUAAUGAUGAGGAGAAAGUCAACAAAACAAAGACAAACAACAGCAUUGAUUGGUUAUUUUUCUUGACAAUGGAUCAAUUCGUUCACAGAAAAUCAGGAUUAGGAGCAAAGAACAUCAAGCUCGGUCGAUUUUUUUUUAAUUCCAAAUAA